CUUGUUCUUUCUCUUCGUUCCUCCUGACUGCUGCAAGGUUUCCGGCGGUGGCGUAGGAAAGCAGGGAAUACUGCAUUCAAGUUUAUAAAGGAAGGUGCGUACGUGCCUUCUGUGUUUUACGGUUGACAUGCCUUCAAUUCUGGUAGCGGAAUCUCAAUCCACGGACAAGAAGAAGAUGAAGAAAGCUGAAUUUGUGGAGGAGGAAACGACCAACUCCGUCGAGAAGAAGAUCAAGAAGGAGAAGAAGUCCAAAAAGGCUAAAUUAGCCGCGGAGCCGGAACACGACGAUUCUAACUCCGAUGGACAGCGGAAGAAGAAGAAAGAGAAGAAACGAAAGGCUUUGGAAAUUGACGGUAAUGAAGAUGAUAAGAGCGAGACCAGCUCCGAGAUGGGCGAGCCUUUGAAUCAUGUAGGGGAGAAGAAUAAGAAGGUGAAAUACGAAGCCGAGGAUGAUCAGAUGAAUAAAGAAGAGAAUCCGAAUGCAUUGUCGAAUUUUCGUAUUUCGGAGCCGUUGAGGAAGGCUUUGAAGGCGAAGGGGAUUGAAUCGCUCUUUCCCAUUCAGGCGAUGACGUUCGAUAUGAUUCUUGAUGGUUCGGAUUUGGUUGGAAGGGCACGCACAGGGCAGGGUAAAACGUUAGCCUUUGUGUUGCCCAUAUUGGAAUCACUGACGAAUGGGCCUGCAAAAGCAUCACGCAAGACUGGAUACGGAAGAGCCCCUAGUGUUCUUGUUCUUUUACCUACCAGGGAGUUGGCCACUCAGGUCUUUGCCGACUUUGAAGUCUAUGGGGCAGCAUUAGGGUUGAAUGCCUGUUGCCUAUAUGGAGGCGCCCCAUAUCCGCCACAGCAAAAUCAAUUGAAAAGAGGUGUUGAUAUUGUGAUUGGAACCCCUGGCCGCAUCAAGGAUCACAUCGAGCGGGGGAAUAUUGACUUUAGGGCACUACAAUUCAGAGUUCUUGAUGAGGCUGAUGAAAUGUUAAGGAUGGGUUUUGUUGAAGAUGUUGAACUCAUACUGGGUAAGGUUGCAGAUGCUACUAAAGUUCAGACACUUCUUUUUAGCGCCACACUUCCUCAAUGGGUUAAACAGAUAUCUUCUAAAUUUCUAAAGGCUGAUAAGAAAACAGCAGACCUUGUCGGUAAUGAGAAGAUGAAGGCGAGCACCAGUGUAAGACAUAUUGUUCUCCCUUGCUCUGCUUCUGCCAGAACCCAGCUCAUUCCCGACAUCAUUCGCUGCUAUAGCAGUGGAGGCCGCACUAUUAUUUUCACAGAAACAAAGGAUUCUGCUUCUACCCUUGCCGGAGUACUUCCUGGCGCACGAGCUUUGCAUGGAGACAUACAGCAGGCUACACGUGAGGUCACGCUAUCUGGAUUCCGAUCUGGAAAAUUAACGACACUUGUGGCCACUAAUGUGGCUGCCAGAGGAUUGGAUAUUGAUGAUGUCCAGCUAAUUAUUCAGUGUGAGCCACCUCGUGAUGUAGAAGCAUAUAUUCACCGAUCUGGAAGAACUGGGAGAGCUGGAAAAACGGGAAUUGCAGUUAUGCUUUAUGAUCCGAGAAAAUCUAAUUUCUCUAAGAUAGAAAGAGAAUCCGGUGUUAAGUUUGAACAUAUAUCUGCUCCACAGCCGGCCGAUAUAGCUAAAGCUGCCGGUGCUGAAGCCGCAGAAAGAAUUAACGAGAUAUCGGACAGCGUCAUUCCGGUGUUCAAGGAUGCUGCUACCGACCUGCUGGCCUCAUCUGAUUUAUCUCCAGCCGACUUACUUGCCAAGGCAUUGGCCAAAGCUGCUGGCUAUACUGAGAUUAAAAGCCGAUCACUUCUCACUUCAAUGGAGAACUACGUUACUGUACUCCUUGAAUGCGGAAGGCCAAUUUACGCCCCGUCUUAUGCUUAUGGAGUUCUAAGGAGGUUUUUACCAGAAGACAAGGUUGAGUCGAUCAAAGGUCUAGCCUUGACAGCCGAUGGAAAGGGUGCUGUCUUCGACGUUUCUACCCAAGAUGUAGACGAUUUUCUUGCAGGCCAGGAAAAUGCCAGUGGUGUUACCUUAGAAGUGGUGAAAGCAUUGCCGCAACUUAAGGAAAGAGAACCUGUAAGAACAGGAAGAUUUGGAGGUGGCGGCUAUGGUGGGAGAGAUGGCCGGUUUUCUGGCGGUAGAGGAGGAGGAGGAGGAGGAUUCCGGCGAGGCUACGGUGGAGGCAGAGGACAAGGAAACAACCGUAAAUGGUGAAAAGUUUAUUUACUACAAAGACCAUAAUUAUUUAGCAAAUGCCCAUUGGAUUGGGGCAUAGAAAUUUUGGCCAGAGUUGAUAACCUUUUGAUUUUUUGUUGUUAUUGAUUAUUAAGUAAGCCGUUCCUAUUUGAAGUUGUAUUUGCAGACGAAAUUGAGACUUAUUAUUGGUUGUAUUCUUUCUAAUUCUAUGGAAAUCAUAUGAUACUCAUAUUAUUCCUUAAUAA